AUGAGCAAUUCCUCUCAGCUGACUCAAAAUGUUUGUCUCACCCAGAAGAUGGAGCUCCCGAAGGCCUUUUCUGACCAAUGGACAUGCCUAUCUGCCUUCCUCAACAUGCUAUCACGCAGCCUUUCCACCGCAUCCCUGCUCAGCAGCUACUGGUUUGUGGGCAUACAGAAGGUGCCCAAGCCCCUGUGUGGGAAAGGUCUGCCAGCCAAGUGCUUUGAUGUGCCGGUGCCCUUGGAUGGGAGCAGCACAAAUGUAUCAUCUCUGGAGGUGGUGCAGUACAGCUGGGAGACUGGGGAUGACCGCUUCACCUUCCAUGCCUUCGGGAGUGGCAUGUGGCUCUCCUAUGAGGAAAUCGUGGAAGACCCAGCACUGCUCCAACUCCACUCCCGGAAACAGUUUAAAGCCCUGCAGCCCAGUGGUACAGCAGGAGCAAAAGGAGAGAGGUGCCGAAGUUUCCUUGAACUCACACCACCAACCAAGAGAGGUGAGAAAGGAUUACUGGAAUUUGCCACGUUGCAAGACCCAUGUCACCCCUCUCUCCGAUUUGGAGGGAAGCGGUUGAUGGAGAAGGCUUUCAUCCCCCACCUUCCCUUGGGGCUUGGGGCAAAGAUCCUACGGCUAUCACUGGGAGUCCGAUUCGCCUACCUCGGACUUGAACUCAUCGGCUUCCUCCUCCUACUGAUGGACUUGCUAUUCACGGGGAACCGCGGCCGUGGCCUCAAGCUGAGCACCCUCACCGCCAUCUUCUCCGUCUUGUCAGGCCUUCUGGGGAUGGUGGGCCAUAUGAUGUAGUCACAAGUCUUCCAAGCAACGGCCGACUUGGGUCCAGAACACUGGAGGCCCCAUGCUUGGAAUUAUGGCUGGGCCUCUUACACGGCCUGGGUUUCCUUCACCUGCUGCAUGGCGUCAGCUGUCACCACCUUCAACGCAUACACCCGGCUGGUGCUGGAGUUCAAGUGCAAGCACAGUAAGAGCUUCAGAGAGCCCCCGAGCUGCCUACUGCAUCACCACCUAUGUUUCCUCCAGGACCUGGCGUACAGCCCACCCGAGGGGCCUUUGACCAGCCACCCCCAGUACCACCAUCAGCCCGUCCGCUCCGUCUCCGGAGGAGUGGACUUCUCCUCAGAGCUACACACAAGGAAUUUCAACACGGGACCAGCUGGGAGCCUCAGGGAGGCGGCCGGGUCAUCUGUAGAGGAAGAACAGUGUUAG